AUGUCCGAACAUAACGCCCCAGUCCGCGUAGCCAUCGUGGGCGGCGGGAUCACCGGAGUCAUACUGGCGCUGGGGCUGCAGAAGCGCGGCAUCGACUACACCAUCUACGAGCGCGCACCGGCCUUCACAGAGAUCGGUGCAGGCAUCGGGUUCAGUCCCAAUGCGGAGCGCGCGCUCAAAGUCGUCGAUCCGGAGGUGUACGCCGUCUACAAGGAGGUCGCGUCGUCGAACGCGGAGGAAGACUACUUCCAAUGGGUCGACGGCCAUAGAAGUAACGAGGUCGUGUCGAAGCUGCUGAUUGGGGUCGAUGCGUUCCAAGGGGGUCGCCGUUCUGACUUUCUGGAGGCGUGGUCGGAGUUGAUCCCGCGGGACAAGGUCCGGUUCGGCAGAGAUGUCGACACGAUCUUUCAACAUGAAAAUGGCAAUGUUACGCUGAAGUUCAAGGAUGGGAGCACCGAGCAAGCUGACAUUGUCAUUGGCUGCGACGGCAUCCGCUCCCGCGUCCGCCAGCUCAUCCUCGGCGAAGCCAACCCAGCCUCCUACCCACGCUACACCAACAAAUACUGCUUCCGCACGCUCGUCCCGAUGCCGCAAGCGCAGGCCGCCCUGGGCGAAGAGCGCAUCACGAACCGCUACAUGUACAACGGGCCGAAUGCGCACUGCAUGAUCUACCCUGUCGCCAUGGGCGCGCUCCUCAACGUGCUCCUCGUCCUUAGCGACCCGGGCCACUGGCCCGCGGACGCGCGCCACACGGCGCCGGGCGACAAACAGGAGGCGGUCAGGGCCUUUGAGGACUGGCACCCCCAUGUGCGCGCACUGGUUGAUCUGCUGCCUGAUGAGCUGGACAAGUGGGCUAUCUUCGAUAUGCACGACUAUCCGGCACCGUACUACAACGUCGGCAGCGUUGCGGUCGCGGGAGACGCGGCGCACGCGUCCGGUCCGCAUCUUGGGUCCGGGGCUGGGUUCGGCAUCGAGGACGCGCUCGUGCUGGCGAGCGUCAUUGAGGCGGCCGACAGAGAAGUCCGCGGUGCGACGACGAAGAAGAAGAAGAAGGUUGAGAUAUGCCGUGAUGCGCUGGUGGCGUAUAAUACUGUGCGCUACGAUCGUGCGCAGUGGCUUCCGGGCGCGACGCGGGAGGCGGUUGAGCUGUUUCAGUGGCAGGAUGAGAGGGUUGGGAGCGACCCCGAGAAGUUUGCGCCGGAGAUCAGUCGGUUGUUUCAUACGAUUUGGGAUAACGAUAUUGAUGAGAUGGUCAAGGGGGCGGUGCGGGAGUUCAAUACGGUGCUGGCUGGUGGGCCGAGGGCGCAUUUGUGA